GUAUUUUGCGAUUAUGAGCUAAAUAAUAAAUAAAUUUUUUAUUUACAUUUACAACUAAUCUAUUAAUAUUUUUCCGCUAAAAUAUUACUUUCUGAAUUCUCAUUCGCUCAAUUUUUGACUUGUUAAAGCCAAGCCAAGUAUUGGAUAUUUUCAUCAGAGUGCAAUUUUCUCUUUCUCGAUUGUUCAAUAAGUUCUCGAUUUAAAAAAGAAGGUUCUUAAAUUCCGUCGAAAUUCAUCGAACGACGUCACAAUUUAAUUAGUAAUUUUUUCAACGAGCAUACAGAUGGAAACGCAAAUUCAACUAUUGGUUUUUUUUCCAGUUGACGAGGGUCGUAUUGUUGGAGGGCAGCCAGCGAGUAUCAAUGAACAUCCGUACCAGGUAUCCCUUCGAUUUCACAAUCGUCACGUAUGCGGUGGCUCUAUCAUUAGCGAGCUAUGGAUCGUCACAGCUGCACACUGUGUCCAGAGCUUCUUUGUUCGAUCCGUUUCGAUCAAGGUAGGUACUUCCGACCUCACCGACACCAAUGCCACAGUAAUCAACGCGGCAGAAAUUAUCAUUCAUGAGAGGUAUGAGAGAAAAAGCUCGGAUUUUGACAUUGCUUUGAUUAAAUUAAGAAAGCCAUUGGUGUACAAUUCGCGAGUAGAACCAAUUUUAUUGGCGCCGAUAGCCGAUCAUUACAUGGCUGGUAGCAAGGCGGUGGUUACAGGUUGGGGAGCUUUGAGAAGCAACGGUCCAUUAUCGACAAAAUUACGCAAAGUCCAAAUACCACUCGUUUCUAACGUCCAAUGUUCUCGAUUGUACAUGAACAGAAGGAUCACACCGAGGAUGAUUUGCGCCGGUUACGUGAAUGUCGGUGGCAAGGAUUCGUGUCAGGGGGACAGCGGCGGUCCAUUGGUGCAACAUGACAAACUGAUCGGAAUUGUUUCGUGGGGAUUCGGUUGCGCGCGGCCAUCUUAUCCAGGCGUUUACACGCGUGUGACAGUUCUCCGAAGUUGGAUUACUGAGAAAACUGGUCUGUGAGCGUUUUGUGUUUAUCCUAUGCGCGAGCACGAAACGUUAUUGAACCAGCUACGAACUCGGAAAUUUUUCCUGCAAACAUUUCGCCUCGUUACUUUACUCUCGUCAUCUUCUUUGUUUGCGAAGAGAGUUGCUCGGGUUUCACGAAAAACCCCCGGGAUCGUGGUUGGUUUUUCGCUAUGGCGGGAUGUGACCUCGACACAUUGAAAUAUUAUAUUAUAUUUUUGUACCACGUAAUUAUAUCACCACGAAUCACAAAUUGCUCGACGGUAAAUGGUCGUUUUCACGAAUCAAUUAUUUAAACUCUUCUUCAAUUUUUUACAUAUAAUCGUUAAUACGACUUGAUUUGUACGAGUUUUUGUACAAGAGAAAAAAUAAUAAUGCUGUUAUAAUCUUCGAAUUUUCACGUUUGAAAUUCUCUUUCGUGAAAGAAAUGAAUCAUGAGAAAAAUUUUGAAGUUGAGACAGGGAAUAAAAUACAUAUUAUUAAAUACAUUUAUUUCGUAUAUUUGAAAGUAAAAUUUUCAAGAGCAACUUAUUAUCAUCGUUAACAUUAAUGUUACAUUUGGAGUAAAAAUUAUUUGCAAAAAAUAACUUUCAAAUUUUUUUAUUUAAAAUAAUCCGAAGAACAAAGAUAUUUUGAGUUUAUUUAUAAAUUUCAUAUACGUAUCUAUAAUUGAAAUCGAUUGUCUCUCAUUGAAAGUAUCCCCUAUUUUGUGCAUACUUUAGUUCUGAUCAGCAUGAAAAUACUAUCAGUUUGAUAAUGAACGAGUUGCUAGAACGUGAAAACAACGAACAGGUGGACCAUUUCUCCGUUUUAUGGAACUUUGGUGUUCGUUACAAGGUACUCGAUGAAAACCGCUAAUUAGUUUGCUCGACGAUCGAUAGAUAUUUCCCAGCUUUAAUUCGCGAUUUAUAAAUAGCUCGUGUAACAGAUGUCGGUAAUUUAUCGCGCUUUCGAAGAAAAAAAAAAAAAGAAAAA